CCACAAUUUUUCACAACAAACUCGGGCAGUCUAUAAAGGUUGAAUCUCGGAAUUUGGAAUGAAUCUAAAAACAAAAAUGGCUUGCUCUUCUACUCUCUCUAAACCUGGAUCGUUAACACCGAAGGAGGUGUCUGUCUCAUUUGUUCUUGAAAGCGAAGUUCGUCCGCGGUCUCUUUCAGCGUCAUCUAGAACAGGGCCUCGUCGGGCUGGUCGAGUGCGAACGCGUACUGGAAUGUUGACUCCAAGACUUUCGCCCAUUAUGUCCAAAUCUGAUGACGAUUGUAUUCCAGGAACUCCAAUCAUUCAUGGGCUUUCAGAAGAUCUUGAGUCAAGCGUUAGUCGUAUUAAGGAGAUUCAGUCGUCAGUUCAAGAUUCCGCAUCGUACUCCGAGGGGUUUAAGUCCUUUCCGGAUAAUCCACCGCAGAGAACCGUGUCUUUAAAGCGUUGCUUUGAUUCUCAAGACGAAAAGAGCGACACUAGUGUCGGGGGGUACGAUUUGUUUGACACGUUUAACACGGAAAGCGUUUCGAAGGUGUCAUGGAAUGAAUUUUCUGGAGAUGCGAAUAUUACUCAGCCAGUUCCGGAUCGUCUGGAUUAGAAG